ACUACUGUGGAAUGUGCGCGCACCCCUCCCAUCCACCACCGCUCCGAGCAAAACCAGUCGGUUCGCUGUUUGCUUACAACCCCACGCGAUAAAAUGUACAAUAAAGCAAUCGUUUCGUUUACAACUUCUCAGUUGUGCAGUGCAUAUACAUGUUGUAAUAUAGUUGUUAUUUAAAAUGACAAUAUAAUAUCGUGGCUUGCCACGUUCGCCGUUCGACGGUGAUUGCGGAGGUGUUUUUGACCUGGUGCUCUUAGCUGCGCGUACUAUCUAACGGACUGUGGUAUUAUAUUGUGGUAUUGCUUGGUGGUAUUGCCUGGUGGUAUUGCCUGGUGGUAUUGCCUGGUGGUAUUGUCUGGUGGUAUUGUCUGGUGGUAUUGUCUGGUGGUAUUGUCCUGGUGGCGUCUUCCGACGCCAUGUCCGAGCAAAACAUCUAGGAACGGGAGUGUGUCGUUCACCGCCGUGCCCUCGAGCCUACGAUGGCAACCAACGCCACCGCCGCCGAAGGCGUCGCCGGCGUCGAGGAAGCGGCGUGCGACGUGGACCCCGUGACCAAGCGGGCGGUGUACGCAGGUGUCUACGGCGCGGUGUUCGUCCUGGGCCUGCUCGGGAACUCGGUGGCGCUCUACGCGUUCACGUGCGGACGCCACCGCCGCCGCCGCGGCCGCCGCGGCCCUGGGGGUCGCAAGGCCACGGCGAGCACCGUCAUCCUGGCCAACCUGGCCGUCGCCGACCUCCUCUUCGUGCUCAUGCUGCCGCUGCGCAUUCACUACAACGCACGGGGCGGCGAGUGGGUGUUUGGGGACGCGUUGUGCCGCAUGGCCUCCUACGCCUUCUACGUGAACCUCUACGGCAGCAUCCUCCUGCUCACGGCGCUCAGCGUCACGAGAUUCAUCUCCAUCGUCGUGCCCCGCCGCUCGCUCUGCCGAAGCAGACGCAAGGCGCGAGCGGUGAAGGUGUGCGUCUGCAUCUGGGUUCUCGUCUCUAUCCUCACGACGCCGUUCCUCACGAUGGGGCAGCAGCGGCAGCAGCAGCCCGGGCAGCAGGGUGGCCGGGUCACGUGCUUCGAGUUGAACCCGAAGGGGCAGUCCCUGGCACUCCUGAUGGCCAUGAACUACGUGGCGCUCGUCAUCGGAUUCCUGCUGCCCUUCCUCACCAUCGCCGUGUGCUACGUGUGCAUACUACGGACCCUGCUGAAAAUGGACAAAAACACAAAGGCCAGCAGGUACGGAGCGCACCAAAUGGGCCCCACAGCCAAGAUCCGUGGGCCAUUUGACCUAGAUUCGUGGGGCCCACAGCCGAGAUCCGUGGGGCCCACAGCCGAGAUCCGUGGGCCCACAGCCGAGAUCCGUGGGGCCUACAGCCAAGAUCUACGCGUCUCCGCGUGCGUGUCCGCUCCCCCGUCCCACCACCCUCCACGCCCCAGCCGCCGCGUGCGAGCUCGCUCCGCCACCACCGUCCUCGUGGUGCUCUUCGUGUUCCUCCUGUGCUUCGCCCCGUACCACGUGCAGCGCACCGCCCUGCUGCACUCGCAGCCUUACCCCGCCUACGCCCUCGCCACGCUGCCACCGCUGCCACCGACGUCACCACCUCGAUCCUCCUCCUCCUCCGCCUCCUCCGCCUCCUCUCCUCCAUUCACCUCACCGCAUCCUCAACCGUCUCCUCCGCCACCACUGCCCUCCUUCACCUCCUUCUCCUCUGCCACCUUCUCCUCCGCCACCUCCUCCUCCUCCGCCACCUCCUCCUCCUCUUCGUCGUCGUCCGCCUGCGCCCGCCUGCGGCGUCUGCGAGCGAGCGCCAUGGCGUCGCAAUGCCUGGCCGUGCUCAACAGCUGCCUGGAUCCCCUCGUCUACUUCUUCGCCGGGGACCACUUCCGCCGCCGCCUCCUCCUCAUCCUCCGCGCCUGGGGGGCCGGCGGCGGCGGCGGCGGCGGCGCAGCUCCGCCGGCCUCCUCCGCCUCUUCCGGCGGCGGCGGCGGCGUCGGGUCGGCGCUGGCGUUCUUCCGCUCCGCCAGGCGGAGCCGCGCCAGCGCCGGCGGCGGCGGCGACGAGGACGGCGAUUACGACGACGACGACGACGCGAGUGGAGAACGGAGCGGAGGAACGGGAGGCGGAACGGAGCCGGGGACGGAGCCGGGGACGGAGCUGGGGACGGAGCCGGAGCUGGGGACGGAGCCGGAGCCGGGGACGGAGCCGGGGACGGAGCCGGAGCCGGGGACGGGGCGCGCCGCGGGUGACGGCACGGGGACGGGUGCCGGGGGUGGAACGGAGACCGGACGCACCGCGGGGGGCAGAACGGAGCCGGGGACGGGGAGAGAAGCUGAAGCCGGAACGGAGCCGGGGAGAGGCGGAACGAGCGGGGGGGCCGGGAUUGGAUGCAGAGACGCGGCCGGCACGAAAGAGGGAAGAGUGGCGGUCGCCGGCGCAAGAGAGGAUGACGAUGACGUGUUCCUGUGA